CCGUCCAGAGUUAGUGGUCAAAAUGGCGUCGGUUGAUAUUAGAGACAACCCACUGGGCAUCUCAUGGGUGGACAGCGGCUGGGUGCCCAUCCUAAACCCUGGCAACGUACUCGACUACUUCUCUGAGAGGAGUAACCCCUUCUAUGACCGCCAGUGCAACAACGAAUUAGUAAAGAUGCAGCGUCUCACGCUUGACCAUCUAAAUCAGAUGGUGGGUGUGGAGUAUAUCCUCCUUCAUGCCCAGGAGCCGAUUCUCUACAUCAUUCGCAAGCAGCAGAGGCAGUCUCCUGCACAAGUCAUUCCCCUCUCUGAUUACUACAUCAUCGCAGGAGUAGUCUAUCAAGCUCCAGACUUGGGCUCUGUGAUUGGCUCCAGAGUGUUGUCUGCUGUUCAUGGGAUACAGUCUGCCUUUGAUGAGGCCAUGUCUUACUGCCGCUACCACCCUUCCAAAGGGUACUGGUGGCACUUUAAAGACCAGGAGGAAAGAGAAAAAGCAAAGCCGAAGUCCAAGAAGAAAGAGGAGCCCAGUUCCCUGUUUCAGAGGCAGAGGGUUGAUGCGCUGCUUCUUGACCUCAGACAGAAGUUCCCUCCUAUCUACUAUCAGCCAAAACCUGGAGAGAAGCCUAUUCCUGUAGAAGUCAAGAAGGAGCCGGAGCCCCCAACAGAGACAGUGAAGCAAGAGGAGAGAGAGCCAGCAGCUAAGACCCCUGCCCCCACACCUCCCAACAAGGCCCCACCUGAGAAACGGGCCCGGCUACAGUGAUGACAGGAUCUGCGGACCUCCCACAACACAACCAAACCCGAGGAAGUGAAAUGAAGCGCUGGAAAGGAGCAGUUGUGCCUGUUGGUCUGUCAUGGGGAGGGGAAAUUACUAAAAUCACUACUGGUUCUUCAGUCUUGGGGCUGAUGAAAAUUUUUCAUUGUUUUUUACCUGCCUGACUGGCCAUUUUUUCGUAGCUUUUACAGUUGUUUGAUAAAAAAAUUUCCAGGAACAGAACAUCUUGUGCACACCAGUAGUCUAGAUAUACCCGAGGAACGUUUACAAAUAUCUCUCCUAGGUGCUUUCCUGCGUUUGAUUUGCUCUUUAACACACACAAAGACUUACCUGUGCAUAAAUAUGGCUUUCUUGGCACAAUCUGGUCACUACAUGAAAUGUAGUCCAGAUUUGUUGCUUGGACUUAGAGCAGUGUGUUUUAAAAAAAAAAAAAAAAUUCCAGAAGGAGGAUAUGAGAGAAAUUAAACCAGGGGAUUCUCUGUGGGAAUGGAAUGAAAUACUAUGCCUUUGUGCUU